AAUGCCCCGAAGCCGCCAGUCCGCCGCGCCCCCAUCCCUCAGCUCCCCGUGAGCCUGUCCGCUUGUCCAGGGACCCUCACCCCAGUUCUGGGCCCCAGCCCCUCCCAAGGCCUACAGACUCGAAUUCCCCUCCCCCCACUCCCUGCACCCGGGGGGAGGGGGCCCCCCAACCCUGGUCGGAGAGGGGAAGGGGCGGGGUGAGGCAGCCAGCGGUGAAGUGAAAGAAAAAACAAAUUAAGACAGCAAAACAGCAAGGGUGUGUAGCGGGGAUGGGGACCCCGGGGGAGGGGCUGGGCCGCUGUUCCCAUGCUCUGAUCCGGGGGGUCCCAGAAAGUCUGGGCAAAGAGCGGGAAGGAGUGGCAGUUGGUCUCCCACCUCUGGACUUGGCGAAGGCACAGCGAGAGCACGGGGUGCUGGGAGGGAAAUUGAGGCAGCGCCUGGGACUUCAGCUGUUGGAAUUGCCCCCUGAGGAGCAACUGCCACUUGGACCCCUGCUAGGAGACACAGCUGUGGUGCACGGGGAUACAGCCCUCAUCACUCGACCUUGGAGUCCUGCCAGGAGGCCCGAAGUCGAUGGGGUCAGAAGAGCCCUACAGGAUCUGGGGCUUCGGAUUGUGGAGAUUAAAGAUGAGAAUGCCACACUUGAUGGAACAGAUGUGCUGUUCACAGGCCGUGAGUUUUUCGUGGGCCUCUCCAAGUGGACCAACCACCGAGGAGCUGAAAUUGUUGCCGACACAUUCAGGGACUUUGCAGUCUCCACAGUGCCUGUCUCAGGCCCCUCCCAUUUGCGGGGGCUUUGCGGGAUGGGGGGCCCCCGCACUGUUGUCGCUGGCAGCAGCGAAGCGGCCCAGAAAGCCGUGAGGGCCAUGGCAGCGCUGACCGAUCACCCCUAUGCCUCCCUGACUCUCCCAGAUGAUGCCGCGGCAGACUGCUUGUUUCUGCGGCCCGGGCUCCCUGGACUUCCCCCUUUCUUGCUGCACCGCGGGGGUGGAGACUUGCCCAAUAGCCAGGAGGUGCUGCAGAAACUGCCUGACGUGACUCUCGUACCUGUGUCCUGCUCUGAGCUAGAGAAGGCUGGGGCUGGGCUCAGCUCCCUUUGCCUCGUUCUCAGCACCCGCCCCCACAGCUAAGAGAUCCCCAAAUGUGGGAGCAGGAAAGUGGGAAGAAUAGAAAGAGAAGUAUUAGCUUACCCAUAGUAUGAUGUGUAGAAGAAGCUAGGUAUGGGGUAGGAAUCACGGUUUGGGGUAGGACAGAGUGGGAAGGAGCAGCAGAUCAUCUCCUCGGGGAAUAAAAUGAAACUAACCUUUUAGGC